AUGUCUAGUGCAAGUAUUAACGUUGAGAAGAAACAAGGGGGCAACAACCUAUUGUUGUGGAGAAACCCUGUGGAAACUGGGAAAGUUUUCGGAGGUCUAUUGGUGGGUUUGCUAGUUUUGAAAACCGUCAAUUUGGCUACCUUAUUUUUGAAACUACUUUACACUGUUGUUUUCAUUACCGGUUCAGUGGAAUUCGUUUCUAAGAUUCUUUUGGGUCAAGGUUUGAUCUCUUCUUAUGCUCCUAAAGAAUGUCUAAAUAUCGUGGGACUAUUGAAACCUCACGUUGACUGUCUUUUGCAGCAAUUGCCUGCUCAACAGGCCAAAUUGCGUAAAUUGGUGUUUGCAUACCAGCCAAAGAACAAUUUCAGAGCUGCAGCAGUUCUUUAUGUGCUACACAAGUUUUUCUCAUGGUUCUCUCUAUGGACUAUCACAUUUGUGGGUGUUAUUGGAGCUUUCACUGUUCCUCUAGUUUACUCUCUAUUCCAAACUGAGAUCGAUACUGCUGUCGACAAUGGUAUCAAGGUUGUUAAGACCAAGACCGAGGAAUUUUCUACAGUGGCUUCUGAAAAGACUAAGCCUUAUCUAGAAACUUUGGAUAAGAAGAUGGGUCCUGUUUCCAACUUCGUCAAGAGCCAAUACCAGCAGACUAACACUGUUACUCCUCAAUCUACUACUACCCAAAUGACCGCUCAAGUGCCAUUGGAGCCAGAACAUGAGUCCCACGCACAAACUAGUUCAUCUGCUGCCUUCCCAAAUGCUCCAACUACGAAACCUUUGGGUCAGGAAACCCAGGAGUUCUCUGUUGAUCAAUUGCAAAGUGAGUUGAAGCAAAGCACCGAUGGUUUGAAGCACGAUUUGCAACAGAACAAUUCCGCUUUUUAA